ACAGGAAUAUACUAACAGCCUGAGGGCUCAGCACCUCACGGUGAGCUCAACUCACGGUCCGGUAUUGCAUGGCUGACUUCCCUAUAUCACUAUUCCAUUGCUCUUAUGGGCUGACCCCCAGAUAACCGUUAACCAAUCUUCCGAACCAACGACGAGACUAGAUCUCCUGUCCACCCCAAGUCAGCAUAGCCUAAGGUUGGCCGGGAUGUUAGCCGCAGGGGCGUAUAUCCUGGCGGAAGCAGUGAAGCCUUCCUCGUAGUCUCUUUACUCUAUUCGCCCAGUCCUACUCAGCGACCUCGCUCCCAACUCAGCUUAACAGCUUCUUCGUCUCCAGCGCACACACAUCCAACAGCAAUGGACAACCCGCGCAGUCCCUUCAUGGUCACGUACAUCAGCUCCUUCAAUAAAUUCGCCAAGGGUACGAAGGCUGCUGCUGCUCGUCGCCAAUUUGAAGUCGUCAACGAGCAGCCCAAGCAGCCUGCGAUCAUGCGUAUAGCUCAGCUCUCCGCAAUGGCGUCCAAGCCCAAGCCUGCUCCCGCGAGGCUCACGAAGGUCAAGCCCGAGGUACCCUCCGAGUCCGCAUCGCAGAAACCCGCCGAGACGAAGACGAUCCGGAAGCUUGUACCAUCCACUGGCCCGCCCAUAAUCAAGCCCAAAUCAUCCACUCCCGUCAUCAACAAGGAAGUGCCCCAAACCAUGACACCACCGCCGUUCGACAGGAAGCCGCCACGCCGCGCAAUGUCAAUGCACGCCAAGGCCCUAGUGCCGGUGCAGCCCAGGAGGUCAGCUGCGGCCGUAAAGCUGCCGACAUCGUCCCCAAGGACGGACGGUCCCGCAGAGAAGAAGACUCCGAUGAGGCCCAUCAAGCCUGUUCCGUUUCGCGUCGCAACUAAAGUCAUCAAGUCAGCCCCGAGCCAGGUGAAGCGCGCAGCACCUCCGCCGCCACCACCACUCAAGAAGUUCGUGAAGAAGACUGGUCACAAUGAGGGGAAGAGAAGUAAGGUCACCGCUCAGCCCGUAGCCGCGAGCACCGUGGCUGACGCCAAGAUGGCCGAGGUUGAGGCUGGCAGCGACGCGGCUGAAGAGGAGCAUCCUGCCGACGAGCAGCUCGUCGUUUCUCGACCUUCCAUCACCAUCGGUCUUCCUUCCCCCGAAAUUGUUAUGUGCAAGCAGAAGAUCCAGAUGGUCGACGAAUUGAAGGAUAUCCAGCCGACAGACAAGUUCGAUGAGGCGGUUCGCAAAGAGUGCAGCCUGGUAUGUCAGCGAUACCAGUAUCCGAGAGUGUCUAUCGAUGAAGCCCUCGAAGCGCGCCAGCGGCCUCGUGAUCCCAUCGCCGGAGGACAUCAUCGCCAGCGAGCUCAAGGAGAGCCACUCUCCGGUGAUCUCACAGCUCAAGGACGUCCUCGCCAGCGGAAACAGGGUAUCUGCACCAAAGCGGCACGCGCUGGUACUCAAAGAAAACCGCACACAGAAUGUGGUCGAUGCCUGCAAGGCAUGCCCAGUCUCUAGGUAUGCUUUACAAUAAUGCCCGAUUCUCGAUGAUGUCUCUGACAGCGAUCUCCAGUGGCAUCCAAGUACACAUGGCAGCGCUCUUUGGCCGCGCAGGGUUCGCGCAGGGUCCACUCCCAACGGUCCUUCGUGCCUAUGUCCGCAGCUUGAAGAUCCCUGAGCUCGCUGAGGCUGUGUAUGCGUCGAAGGACCUCCGGAUCCAGCGCGAGAUCGAAGUGCUGAGGUCGAUGAAGCGUGGGGGGUGCGGAAGUCGGACACUGCUGGGGAGGGGGGGGCAUUCGGUGGGAGUGGGGUCGUCAACCGAGAAAACAAAGGAAACAGCGUACGGUACUCGUUGGAAUGCAUCAGCAUCAUCGAGAGGGUGAAGAGGGAGCGCAUAGGGAAGGUAUAACAUUACUGAAAACCUUACAUUCUACGUUAAUUUCUGUCCUUCUAUGUUCUUGUAUUCUCUCUCUCUGUUUCAUUUCUUACAAUCUGUGUAUAGAAGUUAACUCAUAUAUCAAUCAUGAUUUCAUCUUCGAACUGAAUUGAGGGAGAGCGGAUGGUGUCGUACCUCUCCUCCUAGGGCUUUCUACA